CUUGCUCCGCCGGGCUCUGUGUACCCUUCUUCUGCCUUCUCAAAAUUCUCUCGCUGAUAAUCCCAAUUUCAAGAUCUUUGGGGAAGAUUGUGGUUGCUGAUUUCAGCUGAGGAAUAAGCAGAAAAAUGAAGAUUUCUGUGAAGACUCUUAAGGGUACACACUUUCAAAUCGAAGUGAAGCCCGAAGAUAAGGUUGAAGAUGUGAAGAAAACCAUCGAGAGUACACAGGGAACCGACAUUUAUCCUGCUGCUCAACUGAUGCUUAUCCAUCAAGGAAAAGUUCUUAAAGAUGGCACAACUCUAGAAGAAAAUAAAGUUGCCGAUAAUAGCUUUGUUGUUGUGAUGAUGACCAAGAAUAAGGGAUCUUCAGGUGAAAGCUCGACAACAUCAAGUGCACCUCCUGUAAAGGCCCCACAAACAAAUGUCUCACCUGCGCCAAGUCCGGCAUCUUCAGUGGCGGCAGCUGCACCUGCACCUGUGCCUGCACCCGCACCCACUCCUGCUCCUGCUUCUGCUCCAGCUCCUGCUGAUGUGUCUGGUGUCUAUGACCAAGCGGCAUCUAAUCUUGUUGCUGGUACCAACCUUGAGGGAACGGUGCAGCAGAUUCUUGAUAUGGGUGGGGGAACUUGGGAUAGAGACACUGUUGUUCGUGCCCUUCGCGCUGCUUACAACAAUCCAGAGAGAGCAGUUGAAUAUCUAUACACUGGCAUCCCUGAAUCAGCUGAAGCUCCACCUGCGUCUGAAAGUGUGCCAACUGGGACUGCUGCUACUGCAGCAGCUCAGCCGCAGCAACCUGCUCAACCGGCAUCUGUACCUUCUAGUGGCCCAAAUGCAAAUCCCCUGGAUCUUUUUCCACAGGGGAUUCCAAGUCCUGGCUCAAACGCUGGUGGUGCAAAUCCCCUUGAUUUCCUCCGUAACAGUCCGCAGUUCCAAGCAUUAAGAGCGAUGGUACAGGCCAACCCACAGAUUCUGCAGCCGAUGCUUGUGGAGCUAGGAAAACAAAACCCUCAAUUGGUGAGAAUGAUUCAGGAUCAUCACGAGGAUUUCCUUCGCCUCAUUAAUGAGCCUGUUGAAGGAGGAGAAGGCAACAUACUGGAGCAGCUUGCUGGGGGGAUGCCACAGACCUUAACAGUUACAGUCGAGGAACGGGAAGCCAUUGAGAGACUCGAAGCAAUGGGAUUUGAUCGAUCUAUCGUGCUGGAGGUGUUCUUUGCUUGCAACAAGAAUGAGGAGUUGGCAGCAAACUACCUCUUGGAUCAUGGUCACGAGUUCGAGGAGGGACAAUAAGAAGUAAUUCAAGAUAAUUCUUCCCCUCAGGCUUCUUCAACCUAGAACAAUAUUAUAUGUUCUUUCCUAUCUUGCCUGGACUGUGCUCUUCUUUAAUUACUGGACUUGUCUUGUUUGGACAUGGUGAGCCUUUUCACCACUUCAGAGGAUUUUAUAGCACUAAGAAUGCACUUUACCUUUUUUUUUAGCUUCCAUUUAAUGUCAAGAUCCAACUAGAUGUUUAUAUUAUCCAUCUUAAAAUCA